AUGGUCGUAAGAACGAAAAUAAAAGCAACACACAAAUGUUACUUCUCGCAGUCGCCGCGCAUAAAAUAUUUGAUUUUUUCUAGUGAUUGUAGAAAAAAUCAAAAAUAGGUAGAAAAAAUCAGAAAGAGAAAAAAGGAGAAGAAAUAAGAAAAAAGACAUCAAGAGAAAAUCAAACGAGAAAACACAAAACCGGCGAUUUUUCUCACAAGAGACACACGCCUCGUUUUGAUUUUUUCUACAGAUCUGGUUGGUUCACCACUAAAACGGGCGGCGUUUCUCCAGAUCUUGGUGGUGACCGGUUGAGACACCGAUCGCCAGCUACUUACAAGCAGGAAUAUAGAUAGUACGUUAGACAGUCACUCGCUCGCCUAAAGAAGCGAGCACACGAUUGAUUUUUUCUACAGCUGUAGAAAAAAUCAAAAAGCGCCCAUCCGAAUCCGAGAGAAGCGAGAAAAUGGCAAGAACUCGAGAAGUUCUCGCUUUUUCUCGAAGUGUUCGCUUUUUCUCGAAAGUCUUCUCGUCCCGCCCAUUCGAGGCCAACGGCCGAAAAUGUCCAAAAUACUGUAGAAAAAAUCAAACGCCUCCGGAGAAAAUCAGAAGGCCUCCAGCCGGGACGCUGAGGAGCCACCUCGCCGCGCGCGUAGCGCGCGAAGAAAAUUUCCCAAGCGGCGGACGGAAGUGGGUGCGCGCCCCAUGUGCGGGGAACACUGAGAAGCAACCUGCGCGCGCGGAGGAUGGACAUUCUUCAAGCGGCGGACGGAGGUGGGUGCGCGCCCCAUGUGUGGGGAACGCUGAGAAGCAUCCUCGCCGCGCGCGCAGCGCGCGGAGAAAAUUCCUCAAGCGGCAGACGCAGGUGGGUGCGCGCUCCAUAUGUGGGGGACCCUGAGAAGCGACCUUGCCGCGCGCGCAGCGCGCGGAGAAAAUUUUUCAACUCAAGCGGCGGACGGAGGUGGGUGCGCGCCCCAUAUGUAGGGAACGCUGGGAAGCAACCGCGCCGCGCGCGCAGCGCGCGGAGGGAAUUUCGCAAGCGGCAGACGGAGGAGGGCCGUGCGCGCCCCAUGUGCGGGGAACGGUACGAAAAACAUCGCCGCGCGCGCAGCGCGCGGCCGGAGAAAAUUUCCCAAGCGGCGGACGUAGGUGGGUGCGCGCCCCAUGUGCGGGGAACGCUGAGAAGCAACCUCGCCGCGCGCGCCGCGCGAGGAGGAAACUUUUCAAGCGGCGGACGGAGGUGGGUGCGCGCCCCAUGUGUGGGGCACGCUGAGAAGCAACCUCGCCGCGCGCGCAGCGCGCGGAGCAAAUUUCUCAAGCGGCAGACGGAGGUGGGUGCGCGCCCCAUAUGUGGGGGGCGCUGAGAAGCAACCUUGCCGCGCGCGCAGCGCGCGGAGAAAAUUUCGCAAGCGGCAGACGGAGGUGGGUGCGCGCCCCAUGUGUGGGGGGCGCUGAGAAACAACCGCGCCGCGCGCGCAGCGCGCGGAAAAAAAUUUUCAAGCGGUGGACGGAGGUGGGAGGGUGCGCGCCCCAUGUGCGGGGGACACUGAGAAGCAACCUUGCCGCGCGCGCAGCUCAAGCGGCGGGAAUUUCGCAAGCGGCAGACGGAGGUGGAUCGUGCGCGCCCCAUGCGUAGGGAACACUGGGAAACAACCUCGCCGCGCGCGCGGCGCGCGGCGAUAAUACCUCAGGCGGCAGACGGAGGGGGGCCGUGCGCGCCCCAUGUGCGGGGAACGGUAAGAAAAACAUGCGCGCGCGGUCGGAGAAAAUUUCCCAAGCGGCGGACGUAGGUGGGUGCGCGCCCCAUGUGCGGGGAACGCUGAGAAGCAACCUCGCCGCGCGCGCCGCGCGCGGAGAAGAUUUUGCAAGCGGCAGACGGGGGUGGGUGCGCGCCCCAUAUGCGGGGGGCGCUGAGAAGCAACCUCGCCGCGCGGGCGCGCGGGCGGCGCGCGGAGCGAGAAAGUUUUUCAAGCGGAGGACGGAGCUGGGUGCGCGCCCCAUGUGCGGGGAACGCUGAGAAGCAAACUCGCCGCGCACGCAGCGCGCGGAGAAAGUUUUUCAGGCGACAGACGGAGGCGCGGGCGCGCCCCAUGUGUGGGGAACGCCGAGAAACAGCGCGCGGAGAAAAUUUUUCUUGCAUUCUUCUCGAUUUUUCUCCAAGCACCCGGCUGGUUUUUUCUACAGUGGGAGCCCGGUUUGAUUUUUUCUAGGUGCUUUUUGAUUUUUUCUACCGUAUUUUUUUUUUCUCGGCAUAUUUCUAAUGCAGGAUGAAAAAAAUAGAAGAGAGACAAUCACAGUGACACACUGU